AUGCGGGAGGUGCCCGGUACGGCCAACACUGUCGCCAGGUUCACUACGGACACGCCGCAGAAUGUGGGCGGCAUUCUGCAGCUGCCGAAGCUCGGAGACUUCACCAACCUGGUCUCCCCUCCCAUCUCGUUCCAACUGGAUCCCGCCACGGCCGCGCUGUGCGGGACCGCGUGCGUUGCUUCCUGCCGGGUCGACGACUUGGCCCCUGUUCCCUGCGGGUCCAGCCAGGCCGCCGUAACUCCGGCUAGCCUGGAGGACGGUUACCACCGCGUCACGGCUUCUUUCUCCCCUUCGCCCGGGGCACUGGCCCCGGUCGGUGUGCUCAGCAUAUUCUUCACCGUGGACACGGUACCUCCGACCGUCUCUGUUGCCUUGGAGGCUGACAACAACGAGUCACCCCAAGUCUUCAUUGACGUCAUCGACGGCAGGCAGACCGUCUUCAUGACCUGGAACACCCCGGCGGCUUGCCCCGGGUACGCCGUCGCAAGCGAACCGGUCGACAACCUGAACGGAAAUUCGUUCAACCUGGAAGGCGCGCAGUUGAUCAACUUCCAAGUGGACACGUCACGUAGCGCGGGACGGAGGCUGAGAGCCCUUCUGCAGGCGAAUCCCUCCUUAGCGAACUCUUCUAAUCCGGUCGCCUACAGAUUUCAAGUGGUGCCAACCGGGUCCGGUCCCGGGCUGGUGAGAGUCUCAGUGUCCCCGGCAAAUCUCGCAGACCGGGCAGGAAACCCCAUCCAGCUCACCGGAAGCUCGUCGUACGUCAUGUACUACGAUCGGGAUCCCCCGACGGCCCUCCUGCAGCUGGUGUCCACGAGCCCCAACGGCGCGACGUCACUAUCCAGCGACCCGGGGGUGUCUUCCGAUCCGACUGUCACGAUCGUACUCGACUUCGACAAGAGGGUCAUUGGCUUUGAUGCCAACUCGGUGGUGCUCCAGAAUGGCACGCUUAUCAGGGCCGGUCCGAACGCUGCCAGCGCGGAGGGCUUUUCGUACGUCCUGACGGUCGCCAUCGACCCGGGGGCCACCCUGGUACUCUUCGUCCCCGCAGACAGCGCCUACAGCGUCGUCGGACUGGGCAACACCGCCUCCAAUCAACUGCAAGUACUCAACUACGCCAUCAACACGCAGCUUCAGUCGAGUGUGCGAGCUACUGCCGUCGCUUCCUUGGGAGCCGUGGCGGUUGGGAGCGUCUUAGCAGGUUCAGGAACCCUGUUUAUGACGGUUGCCUCCAGCUUCAGCCUCUUCGCGGCGCGUCUCAACCUGGAUGUUCCGCUUCCGACCCCUUACCGGGACGCGAGUUCCGCCCUCGGCUUUGCUCUCUUCCGCUGGCCGUCUCCGUUCGACACGCUCUCGGGCAGCAGCCCGAUCCCGUACACGGAACGCCCACAGCCGCUGGGCUCCGACGCUCCGGUCGGUCCGGCCAACGGAACAGCGGCUGUCAGCGACCGCGGCGGCGGAAGGAGGCGAGCGCUGCUGCAGGCGGCCGCAAGCAACGGAACUCUGCCCAACGGAACGAUCCCGCGGAACACAACCCUGGUGAACCAGGGACGUCCGAUCGUCUUCGGAGACAGGAGCGUGUCCUUUGAAGCCACCACCAACUCUUACAGCAAGGAGCUGAGUGUAAACGCGCUGAGCUUGUUCCACAGCAGCGGACAUGACGGGCUGCGAAGCUUGCUGCGCACCGUGUUCUACGUGACGGUCAUCCUCCUCGUGGUCUUCCUGCUCCGUUACCCCCUCAGGGCGGCCUCGCUCCGGCUCGCCAAGAUGCAAGCCCCCCCCUCCUUCUUGGUAUUCCCGGCCAUGGAGCUGGCCUUCUUCUCAGUUGCGCUGGUGGCGCUCUCGUACGUUGCCCUGGGCGCAAUCGUCGGACGCUCUUCUUGGGGCAUCGUUCUGGGGCUGCUCGUGAUCCUCGCUGUGAUCUCCUUCUUCAUCCUGGUGCUGUCCGUAGUAGGGCGCCACGUACUCAUGAGCAAGUCGGUCGCUUUCGUCUCCGAGCAACACCGUCCCGGGGCUUCUCUCGCCGCCUGGUUCCGGGCCCCCGUGAACGGCUCCUGGGAACCGGUGGAUACCGCCGAGGGCGACGAAUUCCGGGCCAAGUACGGCUACUUGUACCAAGACUACGCGGGUCGCCCCUCCGAGCUGGUCAUGAUCGGCCCGCAGCGCCUGACCAGGUCGGCGACCAAGAAGGGCGCCCCUGCGGCGCUCUCCUCCCGGGCUGUCUCAGGGGCUCGUGCUUUUUCGUUGUCGAAGAGCUUCCACCUAAGCGAGGAGGAAUUAGAGCAAGCCAAGGAAGACGACCCCCCGGAAAGAGUGGACCCUCUUGAGGGCGGCCUCACGAGUACCCCGGUGAAAGCUCCCGAGGAGGCUCUGAUUGACAUUCAAGAGGAACCAGAGGAGCCCACACAGGAUCCCACAUCCCCGGAGAAGGAGACCAGUGACGUCAUUGUGACGUCGCCCAACCGGGAGCCCCUGAUGGAGACGGCGCCCGGCAAAAGGGCGCCGGGCGCAAAGCUGUCCCGAUCGCAAACCAUGCGCACGGUGCACCGGGUGGGCAAGGUUGGCCCCGGGGCGCACCUCCGACCGGGGUGGAAGCUGAUGACGCUCUUUGUCGUGGCCGUCGAGGCCGCUCUGCUGGGUGCGACCCACGGUGUGCGUGCCCAGUACUGGCAGGUCUGCCUCAUCGUCAUCAUGCGAGGAGUGCUCGUCAUCGUUUUGAUCAUUCUCAAGCCGUUCACGAGAGCGACCCUCCAGGUGAUCGAGUUGCUGACGUUGGUGUGCGAGUUGUCUGUCGUCACGCUGGCGUUAGCUCUCGUGGUGCAGCAGGACGUCAGCCCCGCGGGGCAGCUGCGCAAGAACCAAGAGGGGCUCGGCUACACCAUGAUUGCCCUGCAGCUCCUGGCCGUCUUCGGAAACGUCGUCAACGCCCUCGCCUCAGCGUGUCUGAAACUCUCCGACUAUCUGCGGGGCAAGAAGAAGGCGCUUCCAGUCCAUCUUUAG